AUGAGAUUCUCAACGCUCGCAGCAGGUCUCCCCCUCGUGGUGGCGGCUCCUCAGGGUCACUCCUUCAAGCAGCAGGCCAAGAGCACCGGAAAGAGCCUCCUUGUCGACCAGGCCCCUGAGACCUCGCAGCCCUACGCCCUCCGCAAGGGGGCCGGCCGUGCCGUCGCCGUCGGCGAGCAGGUCUACCGCUUCUCCGUCACGGGCAACUCCUCCGCCGGCGCCUUCACCCUGAUGCAGACCAAUGCCCCGGACUCGUCCGACCUGGGCUUCCAGCUGUGGGCCCAGACCAACAGCUCCGGCGAGCAGGCCCGCGUUCUCACCCCCGGCGACUACGGCGCCGUGCCCCUCAACACGGUCCACACCUUCCAGAUCACCGACCCGGACACCCAGCUCACGGGCGUCAUCCAGCCCGGCGGCUUCGAGGAGCUCUUCAUCGCCAUCGCCAACUCGGAUUUCGUCUCCCCCACGGGCUCCGAGUUCGUCCCCGCCGCCUCCAACGGCUCCUCCUCCGGCUCCGACCCGGCCCUCAUCUCCGCCCUCGAGGCCUUUGACGUCUACGCCCAGCUCGACUUCAACCCCCGCCGCGACCUCGCCAACGGCAGCGCGGGCGGCGCGACCGCGAGCACCUGGCACACGGCGUCCAACACCCUCGCCCUCGACGCCGUCACCCCCAACUUUGUCGCAAAGAACCGCGGCCCCAAGUACCUCAACGCCGACGGCGGCGUCUACCACCUCGUCGCCCCCUUCGCGACGGCCAACCAGACGGCCAGCAACUUCACUAUGGGCACCGUCACCCUGAGCCCCCUGCUGUCCAACCAGACCGCCACCAAGGCGAACCUCGCCCAGCCCCUGGCCUUCCAGCUCGAGGAGGGUGCCCUCGAGGUCUCCGUCGAGGGGUACGACGCCGUCACGCUGAUCCAGGGCGACGUCGUCUUCGUGCCUGCCAACGUGCCUUUUACCUAUGCCGCCUCGGCCGCCUUCACAAAGUUCCUGUACGUCAGCGGCGGCGGCGACGGCUUCGAUUACCAGCUCCUUCAGCGCGCUGUGCCUUGGUCGUAUGCCACGUACCCCAUCGACGCCGGGUUCACUGUGCAGUAA